AGAGAAGUUUUGGGGCUUCAAUUUACGGGACGCAUGCGUCAUAAGAGUUGAGAGCGAAUUAAAGCACGUGGGCCUAGAGAAAGAGGAUUUCUGGAGUCAGUAGGAUCUUGUAAACGGAGUGGUGAAGGAACUGUUAAACAGUUAGUGCUUUCCUGUUACAGGCUGCACGUGCAGUACUUCUGUUCUGCAUGGAUGUCGUACCAGGAACUCUCCUUUUACUACUAUCUACGAUUGUUGGUAGUUCAGCUGAACGAGAACAGAAUUGUACCGCACAAGAAUUUGCAGACUGUUUCACUGUUUUAGAAGCAAUAUCGCAGCGUGAAGAUUUAGCGCUGGCAGCAACUCAAGAUGAGUUGAACUUAGUUUGCAGAAAGCUAAAACAAGGAGUGAAGUGUAUAGAGGAUCAUAGUUUUCGAUGCUUUUCUGUUCGUCAAAAAAGAGUAUUUAAAUCAGUAGUUUCUGAAUCAAAACACGUUAUAGAUGAUAUAUGUGUACCAGGAAAACUUCAAGAAGAUUAUCUGCGAUAUGCUCCAUGCUUAAAAAAUGUAUCUACAGAUCAUCGGAAAUGUGCAAACCAAUAUAAACGACUGGCUAAUAACCAUGGAGGAAAUCCAGAGGAACAAACUACCGCCAAUAUUAAUUAUGGAUUAAAAAUGCAUUGUUGUGCAUUCUCAGAAUUUGUCGAAUGCCAGCAUACAUAUAUACAAAGAGACUGUGGCCACCAUGCACACCAGUUUUAUCAAAGCCAACUGGAACGAAUGUCAGGUUCAUUACUCAAUGAACACUGUGCUAUAUUUACUCAUGGUUCUAAUGCUUGUCUUUUCAAUCAAAAUGAUGGAUACAGCUUGAAGAUGAAAUGUUUUUCAUAUCGAAGUUUACUUUUAACUGUUUUUGCUGUUGUUGUUGUAUUAAUUUUUACUCAUCGAUGAUAUUAAAUAUUUUUUUCAUUUA